CUUAAAUCAAGAAGAUCCCCGCCAUGUCGUUUUUACAAAAACUGUGGAUGAGGAAACCCCACGAGAUGAGGCAAUCGAAGCUCACCCCUUACGGGGCCGUACCAGUCGAGGAAAAUCACUCGGAUCGAAGGCCAUCAUCAGAAUUCCAAUAUUAUACAACAAUCGAGCUCCCUGACGUCGAUGAGCGGAAGCCCCAACCACAGCCCAUCAAGCUUUCUCAGUUGGAUAGAAUUUCCCGUCUACUAUGGGAUUUGGUUCUUGCUAUUAUAGCCUCACUCUUCACCGUGUUCGGUAUAUGGGUUUCUUGUAUCGAUGGGAAACCGGCGGGCCCAGACUCCAUAGGCUCUAAACUAUUUGAAGUCUCUCAAUAUGCGCCCACGAUAUUUCCAGCCCUUUUCGCCGCCAUUGCUGGUAGCAGCAUCAAAAGUAUUGCAUCAUGGCGCAUCCAGACCACUGGAGGAGCCACCAUCGGGCUAGUAGAGCAAUGUCUCGGCAGCCAGACUAUCACAGGAGCCAUUCUCACCCAGAUUAGACUGCGCGCUAUGAACUUCGUCGCCGUCUUUACCGUCCUGUUGUGGUGCCUGUCUCCGUUGGGCAGUCAGGCAUCCCUCCGGGUAAUUUCCAUCGUCUCGAGUUACCCAGGUAACCCGGUCGAGUUGACCACUUUGAACACAUUCACCCCGUACCAGUAUGGCUACAACCAAGGGGUAACGGAGGCCAUAACAUCAGUCGCUAACCCCAUGGCUGCUUCCCUAUCUGCGGCCUCGCUACUUGCUACCCGCAACCAAGAUCUCUGGGGCAACAUCCGGUUUCCUGUGAUCGAGAAUCUCGAGAAAAAUAGUACAGGUUGGAUGGAUAUACCCCGAAACAACAACUUGACGUACGCAUCUCUUGUCGGUGUACCGGUGAUUGGCUUGCCCAGCUCCGGUAACACAUCAUUUACCCUCCCAGGCUCGUAUUUAUCAAUCACCUGUCCUGUCUUCGACACAAUGCAUACUUUGAAUUUCACCAAUUUCAAUGCUCUAUCCCCAGCACGACAGGUCCCCUUAAGAAGCACAGAUGCUCCAUCUCCCGGCAAUGGCGACGAUUGUAGCUGGACGAGCGCAUGGGGUGGAUACCAGUUCAAGAUCGCCAUCUCGGAGCCAUGUUCGAACUCACUCAAUGCAUCAAUGGAGAGGACUCGGAAUGCGCGCAAGAUGAUAUGGGAAUCAUGGGAGCGUGGUUACGCAGACGAUGAAAAGCAUCGAUCCCCGAUCACGCGAGCCAUAUGCGACAUCACCACGACCUAUGUCGAUGCCAACGUGACAUGCGAGAGCUUAGACGGGAGUCAGUCUACAAACACUUGCAACAUGUCCUCCGCUCGCCGGUCGGUGGAUGAAUCACAUUUCCACAAAAACUGGACUAUCUUCGAUGUCAAUUUUCCGGGAGAUGCCAAGCUACCCAUACGCUAUAACCAGGGACUCUUGUAUAUCCUCACUACCAUGUUUCCCACCAUCGAGCAAAACGGUGGUCUGCAGCCCUUGAUUGGAUAUUUUAUUGACCCAUAUCACGCCGUCGGAAACCUUUUUGGCGAGAACCUUAUGUCGCCACAGACCACCACACCGGAAGUUUUUGGAACACGUCUAUCGCAGCUCUUCAAUUCCGUGCUCUACCUAGGAAUCAGCCCCUCGGCAUUCACGGGCUCUGUCAACAUGACGGAAAUCACACGGAAAGGAAGCUCAAUCAAGGACACCCCCGUCAAAUUGACUGCCAGAAAUACGCAUUUACAAAAUAUUGUCAGGUGUAACCGUCCCUGGCUCGUCAUCCUCAUUAUUUCCUCGGUGGUUAUCUUCUGCUUUGCACUAGUGGGUGCCUAUCUCCACAUCAUAACAAUCGCCCCGGAUCUUCUAGGAUCGAUCUCCGUUGCCCUGUUGCAAAAUAAGAUUGAAGGGAUCGUCGGAUCUUCUACAUGGUCUUCGGAUGAAUGGUCGAAGAAUAUGCGAGACAUAAAAUUAUGGCUUGGAGAUGUUCAGCCUGAAGCUGACGUUGGGCGUCUUGCCUUGACGACCGCGGCACAAGAUGUUCCUCCUGGUUCGAUAAAGGGAAGACUGUAUCAGUGA